UGUACAUAGAAGAGUAAGACGUUAAGCCCUGCGCUUAUAUACCUACGUACCAAGAAAAGAGUCUUGUGAGAUACUUGUUUGUAAUCAUUCACUGAUAGAAUAGAGUGAUUGUUUUGCACUAUAUCUUCUUUUGGAUAUCAUAGUUAGGAGUGAGAAAGAAAGCAUGGGUGCUCUGGAUCAUCUAUCUAAUAUCUUUGAUUGCUCAAGUGGCCGAAGUUCCAAGCUCAGGAAACGCAAGCAAUUGCAGACGGUGGAGAUAAAGGUGAAGAUAGACUGUGAAGGAUGCGAGAGAAAGGUGAGAAGAGCUGUGGAAGGAAUGAAAGGAGUGAACUCAGUAGAAGUGGAGCCCAAGCAAAGCAAGCUCACUGUCGUUGGAUAUGUGGACCCUCAAAAAGUUGUGAGCCGUGUGGCUCAUCGGACGGGCAAGAAGGUGGAGCUGUGGCCUUACGUUCCAUACGACGUCGUAGCACAUCCCUACGCACCUGGUGUGUACGAUAGGAAGGCCCCAGCUGGGUACGUGCGAUAUGCUGAGGACCCACAGGUUUCUCAGCUUGCACGUGCGAGUUCCACCGAGGUACGGUACACCACUGCCUUCAGUGAUGAAAACCCCGCUGCUUGUGUUGUAAUGUGAUCAUAAGCAUUACUGUUCUAUUAUUAUGCUGCUU